AUCUCGAAGAAGGCGGUCGUGGAUUCAGUCAGCAAAAUCUCUUUCGUUUUACCGUAAUUCCUGCUCAGUUUCUGUGCUCGGUGUAACCUCAGGAAUAUCAUCAACGCGUGAGUGCUGUGCCAGCUCGGAAAAGUGUCUGUGAAUGGUGCUAAAGGGAGGAUUGAGAUCCGAAAUAUUGCCCUGUUGAGUGCCGCGCACGAAGCACCUGAAGAAGCCCCAACAAGAAGGAGAGAGAAGAUGCCCUGCUCCGCUGUAACACUGUCUCUAGCCACCAUUUUAUCCAUCAUAGCUGUGGCUCUGCUGGCGAUCGCCUUCUCCACAGACAACUGGCUCAGCUAUGAAGUCAAGAGGAGCAAUAUCCAGUCUUACGCCGCCAAAUAUUCAGAUUCUCAGUCACUGCUGGAAAAUAUGAACACCAAGUACUAUUUCUACACUAGAACUCGAGGACUGUUCCGGAUAUGUUAUCCCAAAGAGCGGCCUCCUGCCUCAUCAGUUGAGAUCUACUUAUCACCUGUAGAGACACACUGUUCCAAUAUUGACUAUUUCCCGAGCAACAAUGAGGACAAAGUUGUGGCUCCAAAUGACGAUUCAAUGGCGAGACUCCACCUGGCACGCUCCUGUAUUGCACUCUUUAUUCUCAGCUUCGUGGCGGUGUUUUGUGCCUUCUGGACGGGCUUGUCGGGAUGCUGGAAGAGAUCGGCAGGUGCGAUCACGGCCACGGCAAUUCUGAUGCUGUGCGCGUGCCUCUUAGCAGCCGGCGCGAUGGGACUGUGGCACACGGUGGAGUUCUUCGAGAAGGAGAAGGUCGUCGGGGAGGAGUUCUAUCAGCAAUGGAGCACUGUUUUGCGCGAUAAUACACGAAUUUCCUACGAUUGGUCGUAUAUUGUGGCCUGGGCUGGUGUGGCAUCUAGUCUGGUGGCUGCCAUUCUGCUGUCCGGCGCCACAGUGUGCCUCCGAAGCGAGCGAGAGAAGGAGGAGCAACUCAAUUUGCAGUAUUUGAUGCCAGUGUACCCACAGAAGCAGCCGCCGUAUCCGUACGGAGCAGGAUACCCACAACCUCAGAUUUAUCCCGGACCAUACUAUCAUGGCUCUCAAUACGGACCGUACAACUACUGAAGAUCACCCUGUUCUGCCUUGUAAAUAAUCUCUAACGUCUUCCAUCGGCUUCUGUCGUCCGGGAGGCGCUCGAUUGGGCCCCACAUCCCUCCAUUGACUACUUCAGCCUCUAACAAGCCACGACGCCACGUCUAGGGCGCGUGUAUUACUUAUUAUCAUCAGUACUCGUUAAGGAAUAUCAAUUUAAAAGACGAACGACGCAUAAUUGUAAGACAGUUGCUAAUAUUCUACAGUAAAAUUGUGUAGCUAGGGAAGUUUUAAUUAUAAACAGUGUAACGACGUAAAGUGAAGGAUGUGAAAGGAAUAAAUUGGUGGCCUCAGAAUACGUAAAGUGAAAGGAUGAGAAAGGGUGUGAACUUCCAACUGAAAUGGCUUUCCAAAUUGUUCUGUAAAUAUUCAGCAUUCACUGAGAGAUAUUUAUAAAUACAUAGAGUUAAGUUUAUGUCUUUUAGUUUAUACAUCUUUCGAUCAUUUCCCUGAAAGCCUUUCAUAGUGACAAAAUUACAAUACGAUCUUGACUUUAUCGUACAAAUUGCAAUACAACAAUUGAGACACAUAUGCAUCAAAUUAAAGACUGAAUUGUUAAAUUGACAUGAAAAUUCAGUAUCUUUGAUCCCCACUAUUUAUUGCGGUUAUUAGUAGAACUUGUAGAAUGAGUAGACCUCCUAGAGAUGCUAAAAAUAUGUAUUUGGACAAUUUAAAGGCGAAUAAAUAAUUUUUAUAUUA